GCUACUGAGUUCUCUGUGUACAAGGAAGAAGUAAAGUAAUGGAGAAAUAAAUCGUUAUAUGAAUGAAACGUUCUGAAGUCUUCUCGCUGAAAAUGGAUCACUAUACACUGAAAAACUUGUUUGUUCUCUCAGUUAACAUUCAACUAACAUCAGCAGCCUCUCACUCUCUGCAGUACUUCUACACUGCAGUUACUCCAGGAAUACACUUCCCAGAGUUCACUGUGGUGGGUCUGGUGGAUGGAGAACAGUUUGUUUACUAUGACAGUAACAUCAGGAAGAUGAUUCCAAAGACUGAGUGGAUGGAGAAGGGAGAGAGUGAAGAGUACUGGAACACAGAGACACAGAAAGCACAGGAAGCUCAGGAGAACUUCAAAGCCAGUGUGGAUAUUCUAAUGCAGCGCUUCAAUCAGACUGAAGGUAUUCAUACAGUGCAGAGGAUGUACGGCUGUGAGCUGCAUGAUGAUGAAACUAAGACAGGAUACAGGGAGGAGGGUUAUGAUGGAGAAGCUUUCCUCAAUCUGGAGCUGGACACUCUCACCUGGACUGCAGCUAAUCAGAAAGCUUUUAUUACCAAACAGAAGUGGGAAGAGAACAAAGGGGCUGCUCAUGUAAAAGUCUACCUGCUGAAUGAAUGUAUUGAUUGGUUACAGAAGUAUGUGGAAUAUGGCAGAUCCAGUCUGGAGAGGAAAGUCCAUCCUGAGGCGUCUCUGUUCCAGAAGGACUCUUCUUCUCCAGUGGUGUGUCAUGCUACAGGUUUCUUCCCCAAAGCAGUGAUGAUCUCCUGGCAGAAGAAUGGAGAGGAUCUGCAUGAGGACGUGGAGCUCAGAGAGACGCUACCCAACCAGGAUGGAACCUUCCAGAAGAGGAGCGUUCUGACUGUCUCACCUGAGGAGCUGAAAAAGAAUGAGUACACCUGCAUCAUUCAGCAUCCUGGACUGGAGACAGCGCUACGUCUUUCUGAUCCCAGAGUCGUGUCAGAUGUUUCAGGCAGAGCAUGGUUUGAUGUGGCUGGCAUCGUGGCUAUUCUGCUGCUCACUUUCAUUGGCUGUGUUGGAGUUUUCAUUUGGAAGAUAGUCUGUCUCUGAGAAAGAAAGACAACUCCAAAAAAACAACGCCUUCAUGCUGAGUUGACACAGUUACUGGAAAAGAAAGGGAGACACUGAAUGAGUGAGGAGAUGGGUAAAAACACUUAAUUUAUACCACUACCCUUCAUAUGAAACCUGUAGGGUGAUCAAUAAUACUCCAAUCUUCUUCAAGCCGUCACAUUUUGGGAAUUGUGAUGGGAAUGUGCUGUCCUCAGUGAAAUAGGGCUAAAGUAUAUAUUAGGUUUGUUUUUAUGUGGGUUUGUAUGGUUUUCAUGUCUCUCUUUGUUGCUGUUCUGCUGAAUUGCACUGAAUUGUCCUGCUUAUAGGACAGAAAGUUGUAGGGGGGUCAUAAUCAGUCACUUAAUUCUUACUGUGUGAUCUUCAUAGCUUCAAACUAUGCACUACCUCUAUAUACCAUUCUACCAUGUGAACUAUAUACUACCAUACAGUAGAAAAAGCAAAAGAUUUACCAUCUGAUGGUCUGGAUGAUGAAUGAAGGUUAAUUUUCAUGACACUUAAAGGGACAUGGUCUAAAACUUUAAAUAGGCUAUUUGUUACAUCGUGUUAUGUCACAAUCUGUUGUGCAGCAUUGAAUCCCUCAGCCGCAUGGGUUUGACAGAAUACACUUUAAUAUGCUUUUAUGUCCACUACGAUACCCAGCAUGCAUUGCAAAAUGACAUGAUACAACCAUUGGGAACCUCUGUGCUUGACUGCUAGUCCAGCUACUGAAAGAUAUGCUGCACUGCGAGUGAAAUCUUAAAUCCAUUUGAUAUAUCUAAAUAUAAGAUGCACAUAAAAGCUUAUUAUUAAAGAAUUUCUCAAAUUUCUAGACGUUUGUUACUUGUUUUAAAUGACUUUAGUAAGUCAAAUGAUCUCAUUCUAAAACAGGGGUCUCAAUUUCAGUUUACCUGUGUUAGCUAUGUGGUGGUCUUCUCAAAGGGGGUCUGUUAAAAACAAGAAAAAGGAAAAAAGUUUACUAUUACUAUAACCGUAUAAUAUAAUAUAAUAUAAUAUAAUAUAAUAUAAUAUAAGCUACUGCAUAGAUAUAUAGUACCUACUGCGGUAUCCCAAAUGAAUCCCCAUAGGCAGAUUUAAUUAACUAUCACUAUUACUAUCUAUAAGGUAGUCAUAGCCAAAUUUCAGUCAGUGUGCAGAGUUGAUGCUGCGUCAGGUUUUCAUUUAAAUGGUUCCUCUUGCAUACAUCUCCAUAUUUUGGACUACUGGUAACGUUGCUGGCUAAAUCAGCAUGCUUUAGGUGAGUUCCAGUAGAUGCUCAGUUUAGGCUACAGGC